AUGGCCACCUACAAAACAAGGCCUCAAGAUUUGCUUCACCAUUUGAAACUAAUUGGCCUAAAGCAUGGAAGUGAAUUUACCUAUGAUGCCUCAAAAGGAUGGUUGACCUUUAUAGAUCAAAGCCAUACAAAGGGACAAAACUACAGGACUUGGAGCAAUUCAAUGAAAAAGGAGUCCUUCUCCAAUACUGCCACAAGUCCUACCAUCAUGAUUGUUUGGGAAAUUAUCCAGAUGGCCAAACCUGUCCCUGAGCUACCCACACUUCAACGGACAAUACAGGAGACAAGUUGUGCUCCUGCAGACUAA